AUGGCCUGGCAGGACCGGAGCUGGGUCGUGGGCGUUAAGCCCCAGGAUCACGGAAUUGUCUCCUACCCGAUGAAACACUCAGGAAAGCUGGACACAGCUGGUUCCAGCUCCUUCGAAUCUCAUUCCCGGGCACAGGCUGCUCAUGUUACUGACAAGGAAUCACAGAAAGCAGAGCUGUGGGUUAAACUACCAGCAUUUCUGUACAGUCAGGUCCUGGAGGAGGAGAAGACUUUCACAGAAGAGGCUGUUGAUAACGCAGCUGUACCAACAGGCAACAGGCACAGGAGGCCCAGUAAUUACUCCUCAGGCUUUCGGCCCAGAGUCAGGGAACAGGAACGAAGACCUGCCGGCCUGCCCAGUUCAUCAGACGCAGCGCUGCCUUCUGCAGGAGGCUUAGCUCCUGCCACCCUGAACCAGGGCUCUGCAGCCCAGGCAAGCUGGUGAUGUCUCUUUUCCCACCAGGGGUGCAGCUCACUGUGUGCAGCCCAGACACCCUCUGGCCCCUCACCUGGAGGUCCUGGCACUGUUCUUUGUCCCCCAACCAUCUCCAGAGUCCUUCCUUCCUCAGCCUGGCUCCUCAGUGCAAGCACCAGCCUCUGUUCAGGUGUGGCUCUCCACUCCAGAAGCAUCUUCUGGGCUUGGCCUGUAACAGAUGGCAAAGGGCUGGAUGUGCAACUCCUAGGACCUGCCAAGGGUCCCCCCUCCCCCCCGCCCACCCCACUCCUACUGGCCAGGAGGCCUCCCAGAAGGGGCGUGGCUUACAGCCAGGUUGCAACCCCAAAGGCAAUAACUGUCUUGAGUUUUCCUCGGUGUUUCACUCCUGACGAUACCGCGCACUCCGGGCCUUUUCCCCAGCCUGGAGGCUGUGACUCAGCAGACACGGGCUGUUUCCAGAAGCAGGCGCCUGCUUAUGAGCAAGGUCUAUUGUCACGAACAAUUUUCAAAAUAUUGUGCAUUAUUUCAUUAAAGCUAAUGUUAAAUAUUUGCUGUUCAGAUUGGCGUCUGUGCUAAUUUUGCACAAUUGUAGCACUGUAUAUUUUAUCUAGCAUUUCUGUGCCAAAAAGUUCAUUUUAAUGUUUUGGUAACCCACAGUCUUGACUAUGUUUCUAAAACAGAACUGCUACUGGAUCGAUAAGAACGAAGGUGGAGCACGGAAGGUGUCCUGGCCCCAAACCACCCAGAUCCCAGUUACUAACGCACCUGCGCAGUUCCCCUCUAAUGUUUCUCUUUAGCCGUGAGCCUCCGCCAUGUCAUGGGCCUGCUUUUGGCAGCUCUAAAUUCUGUCAUGGAGCCCUUACUUUUUGUCCCUAAAUUUGAACGACCAACUUGAAUGGGCUUCCCUACCCCCAAAGUUUUUAGGGACAUGAAAUAAAAAUCUGGUUUUUCUAAAUAAAAGAUGGUUGAGCCAGUAACAUGGAUAAACAUUCCACUAGUAGAUGCUAGAUUCACUGGUAUUUUGAGGUCCAGGGGUUCAUUUCUUACUGGUACGUAAAUGUUUUUCCAUCCUCAUUGGAAGACCGCUACCCGACUCGCCUCAGCUCCACCUUCCCCUUCAAUUAAUUUAAAUGAACCUUGAACUUGCUCAGUUUCCUGCCUUCGUGAUCUGCAAGGGGAAAGCCUGCUUGUUCACUGUUGAGGAUUCUUUUCACCGUCAGCAUAGGGCAGAGAGGGCGUGCCCUCGCAAGAAUUAGGACUGAGGACACACAAUGGCAGACAGCACAUCUGCAGCCAGAGUCACUAAGCACACAAGGGAUGAGCCCAGAGACCAUGAAUUUCCAGGAGUGGGGAGGGAGCCAAUUAAUUAGGAUUUUUAUGAUCUAGGAUUCAUUCUAGAAAGAAUGUCUUUACCUCUGCAGCCCUUAGGUAGGUCGCUUUACUAAACUCAUCCACACAGACUUCUUGGAGUGAGUCUUUUGAAUGCGGGAGUGAUGGAAUCCCAGCUUUGAGGCUCCUGGCCAGAGUUUCCCAUGGUUGGUCCCAGUGAGCCGGCUGCCAGGGGGUCAGAAGGCCACGGACCUAGAGUCUGAGGUAGUCUGUCUGUAAACAAGGCCUAGAGGUCGCAGAUACGCUCAAACAUGUAGUAUUAACUACCGUCUUGCGUUAAGGUUUACACGAUAGGAUUUUUAAACAAAUGUGUUUAAUUUUCUAAGCUCUCUUGUAUUAAAAUUUUCUUUUGGAAUAAGCUGUGGUAAUUUUGUUACAAUCCGGUUGAGAUAAACCUCUUUACAAUAACAAAAUAAAAAUGGACACAUUUUAUAAGUUA